AUGGCCUGGCUCUCUGGCCCCAAGGCGCUGCUCCUCAGCUUUGGCCUCCUCGGACUGUGUUCAGGAGUCUGGGGUACGGACACAGAAGAGCGGCUGGUAGAGCAUCUCCUGGAUCCUUCCCGCUAUAACAAACUUAUCCGCCCAGCCACCAAUGGCUCUGAGCUGGUGACAGUACAGCUCAUGGUGUCACUGGCCCAGCUCAUCAGUGUGCAUGAGCGGGAGCAGAUCAUGACCACCAAUGUCUGGCUGACUCAGGAGUGGGAGGAUUAUCGCCUCACCUGGAAGCCUGAGGAAUUUGACAACAUGAAGAAAGUUCGGCUCCCUUCCAAACACAUCUGGCUCCCAGAUGUGGUCCUGUACAACAAUGCCGACGGCAUGUACGAGGUGUCCUUCUAUUCCAAUGCCGUGGUCUCCUACGACGGCAGCAUCUUCUGGCUGCCGCCUGCCAUCUACAAGAGCGCAUGCAAGAUCGAGGUAAAGCACUUCCCAUUUGACCAGCAGAACUGCACCAUGAAGUUCCGCUCGUGGACCUACGACCGCACUGAGAUCGAUCUGGUGCUCAAGAGUGACGUGGCCAACCUGGACGACUUCACACCCAGCGGCGAGUGGGACAUAGUGGCGCUGCCCGGCCGGCGCAACGAGAACCCAGAUGACUCCACUUACGUGGACAUCACAUACGACUUCAUCAUCCGCCGCAAGCCGCUCUUCUACACCAUCAAUCUCAUCAUCCCCUGCGUCCUCAUCACCUCUCUAGCCGUCCUCGUCUUCUAUCUGCCGUCUGACUGCGGUGAGAAGAUGACGCUGUGCAUCUCCGUGCUGCUGGCGCUUACCGUCUUCCUGCUGCUCAUCUCUAAGAUCGUGCCGCCCACCUCCCUCGACGUGCCGCUCGUCGGCAAGUACCUCAUGUUCACCAUGGUGCUCGUCACCUUCUCCAUCGUCACCAGCGUGUGCGUGCUCAACGUGCACCACCGCUCACCCACCACGCACACCAUGGCGCCCUGGGUCAAGGCCGUCUUCCUGGAGAAGCUGCCCACGCUGCUGUUCAUGCAGCAGCCGCGCCACCGCUGCGCCCGCCAACGCCUCCGCCUGCGGCGGCGCCAGCGCGAGCGAGAGGGAGCCGGCGCCCUCUUCCGCGAGGCCCUGGGGGCCGACUCCUGCACGUGCUUCGUCAACCGCGCGUCGGUGCAGGGCUUGGCUGGGGCCUUCGGCUCGGAGCCGGCGCCGGCGGCAGGCCCCGGGCGCGCCAGGGGGCCGUGUGGCUGCGGCCUCCGGGAGGCGGUGGACGGCGUGCGCUUCAUCGCAGAUCAUAUGCGGAGUGAGGACGACGACCAGAGCGUGAGUGAGGACUGGAAGUAUGUUGCCAUGGUGAUCGACCGCCUGUUCCUUUGGAUCUUUGUCUUCGUCUGUGUCUUUGGCACGAUCGGCAUGUUCCUGCAGCCUCUCUUCCAGAACUACACCACUGCCACCUUCCUCCACGCAGACCACUCGGCUCCCAGCUCCAAGUGA